AUGUCCAAUAAAGGCAAUGAAACAGAUUCUGAUGAUGAAUUAACUUUAUCGUCAAAUGCUCUCGCAGCACUACAAGAAUUUCGACUAGAAGAACAACAACGACAAGAGGAAUUUCAGCAACUCUUUAAUGCCGCUGAAAAAGAACAUGAAAGGAGAAAACAAGGAAUCGAUCUUUUCAAAGAAGAUUGGCAACUAUCCCAAUUUUGGUACACGAACGAAACUGCUGACUUGCUAGCAGAGGCCCUAUUGGAUGGAGCCGACGAAGACACCGUUAUUGCAAUCGUGAGUGCACCUUCUGUAUACGCUGCCUUGAAGAAGAAACCAGAUGGCGAACUUCCAACGGAAAAUAUUUACUUAUUUGAAUUUGACAAAAGAUUCGAGUUGCUUGCUGGCAAAGAGCAUUUUCGGUUCUAUGACUUCGCUGAUCCGCUCAAUUUCGAUGAGACACUAAAGGGUAAGGUACAUAGGCUUUUGAUUGACCCACCUUUUUUAAAUGAGCAUUGUCAAACCAAUUCAUCAAUUACUGCCAAGGCGUUACUCGCUGAAAACCUUGAAAAUGGGCUUGCUAGCAAAGAGAAUCCCCAAAGCUGUCGUUUGGUAUCUUGCACCGGUGAGAGAAUGGCAGAAGUUAUUUCAAAGGUAUAUCCUGGGACAAAAAUCACAAGUUUUCUGCCUGAACAUGCGAAUGGUUUGAGCAAUGAAUUCAGGUGCUAUGCAAAUUUUGAGUGGAAGGGUUGGAAAUUUUCCAGCUAA